AGAAUUCAUCAUCCAAAAUUAUAAGAGCUAGCUCUUCAAUAACAAGCUAUUCCUUGCACAACAAAAUCCUCAAAGGCAAGAACAAGAUAACAAACUGAAAUAUGAAGACCUCAUUUCUUCAUGAGCUACUUAAUGGAAUUUUUGUCUCCUCAACUUAUCCAAAUGGGAAGUCGUCGAAGAGAUUCUUACCUGAUUCUUCUGGCAUAUACAGAAAAUCCAUCACAAAAUCAAAUCAGGGUAAAUUAAAUUCGGUUAUGACUAAGAUAACAAAUACAGUAAAAGGGAAAUUAAGGUUGGGAGCAAGAAUUCUUCAGGUUGGUGGAGUAGAGAAAGUGUUUAUGCAAAUUUUUAGUGUUAAAGAUGGAGAGAAGCUUUUGAAAGCAUCACAAUGUUACUUAUCAACCACAUCAGGUCCUAUAGCUGGUCUCCUCUUCAUUUCUACUCACAAAGUUGCUUUCUACAGUGAGAGAUCCAUCAAAAUUUCUUCCCCAAAAGGAGAAUUGAUUAGAGUCCACUAUAAGGUCUCUAUUCCACAUGAAAAGAUUCAGCAUGUCAACCAAAGUGAAAAUGUGAAGAAACCUUCAGAAAAGUACAUAGAAAUAGUCACUGUGGAUGGUUUCGACUUCUGGUUUAUGGGUUUCUUUAAUUACAAGAAAGCUUUAAGAUAUCUUCAGCAUGCUAUCUCUCUAUCUCGGAGGGAAAAUUUGUAGAAAUAUAAGUGAAAUUGUUCUUCCUCUCUGCUUUGUCAAUUAUUCUUUGAAGUUGCAGAGGUUCCAAAAGUGUAUAAAUAUGUUAAUUAAAUUGGUUCCAUUAUCCAA